AUCUCUUAUUCUCUCUGCCGUAUUUCUAUCAGGGUGUAUUAAGCCGUAAGAUUCAGGGACUCGUGCCCAGCUGCACAAGGCCUCUCUGGUUGAAAUUCACUUUUUAAAAAAAUGAGAGUGUUCAUAGCUUUUGAUGGCCUCUGUGAAUCUUUUGAUAUACUUCCUGGCCAGACCGUUCGUGAUGUGAAACAGAUGAUAAAGGACUCGUUUCACCUUCAGCUGUCAGAUGACAAACAAGGAAGGAGGUUUCUAGAACUCCAGUAUGCCGGAGGGGUUCUCCGUGAUGAGUGGAUUCUUACUGAUGUUGGAAUAACCUUUUGUUCAACCAUUAAAUGUUUUCUAAAGGAAGAAGACAAACCAGCAUUGUACAUAUACAAUCCUGUAACCAAGGAGAAAGUCCCAAUAAUGGGGGACAUCUCUCUACUGACUGCAACCGUUUCCAGACUAACGACUCUAAUAUCACUAAAAUGUGGAUUUCCCGUUAGUGUUUUUUGCCUGAGAACUCUACAAGGUCAGGACCUGUACAACUGCAACAGUCUAAAUGAUUACAAGCUAGAUCUUGGUUCCACCUUAAGAAUCGAUGUGUGGGAUGGUUGGAAGGAGUUUCUUCUGGGAUGUGUUCUCGGUCACAAACAAAACAUUCAGCGCUAUCUAUCAAAGGAAGAAGCAGUUUUGAGAUACCAACAGAAGACAGCCCUCUAUGUGGCUGCACAUUAUGGACACUUGGAACUAGCAGAAUGGCUUCAGGAAAAAGGGGUCAGGGUUGAUGAGGCCGUGGGUGUUCAUCCCUACAGGGAAUGGUGCAGUGAAACUGACCAUCCAGAUGUUGUCAAAUGUCCAGUCCAUGCAGCUGCUGAAGCUGGCCAACUUCUUCUGCUAAAGGCAUUUGUCUCGCGAAACGUUUUGUGUCUUCAAUGCCAAAAUCCCUUGGGUCAGACACCACUCAGAAUAUGUCUUCGACAUAGCCAUAAAGACUGUGUUUUAUAUUUGAUUAUGAAAAUGUGGUCGGUAGUCUCCUUUAAAAAAAUCUCUCUUCCUAUGCGAAUUUACAUAAAAGUGAAAAAGUGGCUAUUUUUGGCUCAGAAAAAAGUCUCUGCAGCAAAGAAUUUGAAGUGGGCAGUGGUAUUCAAGACACGAGUAGGAGACAAACUUGUAAUCGAUGGUUUCACAGAACCGAAAAUGAGCACUCGGGACCUACGUGGACUUUGUCAGGAUAGGUGGAAUAAAUUGGCACGAAAUAACAUUGCAAACAUCCAAAACAAUCAGACAUUUGCUAACACAGUAUUAAAACUUCACACUAUUCAUCAGAGAGAGAAAUCAACUCAGCCUAUCUUGCUGCCACCAGUUAAAUUAUCAGCAAACACUACUGUAAGAAGAAAUGAAUUAGGCCAGGGCUCUGUGGACGACAAUAUAUUACAAAAUAACUGGUCAGCUCAAGUCCCACUUCCUUCAAUUGCCAACCAGAACAGCAACCUCCCACGUAACAUAAUUGCUACUGCUCAAGCUGCAUUUCUUCUGAAAUCGUCUCUUGAAUCUUUUUCAAAACACACAGGGAAGACUCCAAGAGAGAAUGCAAUAUAUUGUUUGGGACUUGCCAGUGAAUUCAAAGAGAAGCCCUGGCUCCAACAGCUUGAGAUUGCUCGAAUGCUUGCUAAGAAAACAAUCUACAACUUGUAAACUGUGACAAGGACAUACAUGAGGCUUGCGAUAUUUAUA